CAAAAAAAAAAAAAAAAAGAAAGAUUAGAAAUAAGGGUUACUGUGUCUGUCAAUAUUUUACUGGAGGAACAAAUAUAACACAAGAUACAAAUGUACAAGAAAUUACAAGUUGCAUGAGGAAGAGUGCAGAGGGUGUCUGUACACUAGAGACUGAAGGAUUUGAUCGAAGAUCUGCAGCUCAAUGCAGUGUCCCGUGCAAGUCUGUAUCUUAAGGCUGAUGGGUCUGCACUGGAAGGCUGAAGGGUCUGAAGUGGAAUGCUGAAGAGUCUAUACCAGAGGGCUGAAGAGUCCAUGCUGGAAGGCUGAGGGACCCGUACUGGAAGCCGAAGAGUCUGCACUAAGAAAGCUGAGGAGUAUGACAGAAGCUGAAAAGUCUGUGCUGGAAGCCAAGAGAUGAUGUCCAAGCUGAAGCUGAGGAUCCAAAGUACCGAGAACCCUGACAGGUGGUGGUGUGGGAUAUGACCUGCAGUGGCCAUCAGGGAUGCCAGACAGGAGGCAAGGGGUGCCACUUAGGCUGGCCCUGAAGAAAAUCUACCAUGGAUGACCAACACAGCUUCUGUGAUUAUUCCCUGAAGUCACAAUUUGAUUUUUUCUGAUGCUUGGAAGCUAUCCUAUGAGCCACAAAGAUGGUAAUAAAUCUUUGCCUCCCACAAUUCAGACCAAGAAUUCACUGCAACAAGAUAUCAGCUGAUGGUUAUGAAGUAGAAAAUCUCAUCUCUGAAGACCUCACAAGGAGAAGCCAUGGUUUUAGGACAGAGUAUUUCAUUAAGCCGCCAGUCCACGUGACAGUUUCCUUUCCCUUUAAUGUGGAAAUCUGUAGGAUUCACGUAGACCUCACAGCUGGGGGCUGCCAAAAUGUCACCGGCCUGGAGAUGUACACAUCCACCUUACGCGGCAGAGCCUCCUGGAGCACACCUGAGUGCCAGCCCCCCGACCCCUCCGAGCCCUCCGUGCCCAACAAGGAGGCGUUCAUCUUGGUAGGCAAAGUCUUGCUGAAGAACCAGAGCCAAGUGGUGUUUAGCCACCGAGGCUUCAAGGCCAGGCCACCUUUUAGCCCAUUGGAAGUCACACCCCCCUCCCCUGCGGUUGUGGCUCAGGAGCUCUGGAAUAAAGGGGCUCUUUCCCUUUGCCAUGUGGCCCACCUCAGGAUCUGUAUCACCCAUGUGACAGGCAAUGGUGUCCCUUCCAUCAAGCGCUUGGAGGUAUGGGGUCAGCCGGCCAAGACCUGCUCUCAGGAAGUGAUAGACAGUGUCUUGCUGGUGGCCUCAGAGAGUGUACCUCAGGAGUUGGCCCUGCAGACCCCAGCCUUGCCCAUGGAGAGUGACUGUGACCCUGCAGGCCUGUCUGAGGGCCAGCACGCCCCCUCCAGCCUGCGAGAGAUGGCUGAGGUGAUUCGGGACGUGCCAGAGGAGUUCCUAGAUCCCAUCACCCUAGAGAUCAUGCCCUGCCCCAUGCUGCUGCCCUCAGGCAAGGUCAUCGACCAGAGCACCCUAGAGAAGUGUAACCGCAGUGAGGCCACGUGGGGCCGAGUGCCCAGUGACCCAUUCACGGGCAUAGCCUUCACCCCGCACUCCCAGCCCCUGCCGCAUCCUGCCCUGAAGGCCCGCAUAGACCACUUCCUGCUCCAGCACUCCGUCCCUGGCUGCCACCUGCUUGGGAGAGCACAGGCUGCAUCAGCAGUGACCCCUUCUUCCAUAGCCCUGCCUUCCCGGAAAAGGAAGCCGGAGCAGGGGGACCAGGCCCCAGACAGUGGCUGUGGUGCGAACACUUCCUGCUUCCCCACCACAAAUCCUCUGGUCUCUUCCACUACCUCAGAGCACUCCGGCAAGAAAAUGAAGGCCACCAGCGAGCCUAGCCUGACUCACAUGGACUGUUCUGCAGAGCCAGUGUCGCAUGAGCAAAAGCUGUCACAGAGCUUGGAACUGGCCUUGAUGUCCACCCUUGGCUCUAUGCCUUCCUUCACAGCCCGGCUGACUAGGGGACCGCUGCAGCCCACUGGCACAAGAGGAAGCAGCACUUGUGGGAGGCUGGACACUGGCUCAGGGCAGCCUGCGUGCGCCCCCGGCCCGGAGUGCGCCUCCUGCAAAAGAGUGUUUUCUCCCUACUUCAAAAAGGAGCCCAUGUACCAUCUGCCCUGCGGCCACCUCCUGUGCCGACCCUGCCUGGCUGAGAUGCAGCGCUCCCUGCCCAUGACCUGCACAGCCUGCCAGCACCCCUUCGCCAGCCAGGAUGUGGUGCGGGUGCACUUUUGAGUGACCAGCCUCUGCUGGAGACGGCCACUGCUGGAUGGCCCCAACAGGGGAGCAGGAUUGGGGUCACCGCUCCCCUGUGGUCUGGCCAGUGACAAGCACAGAGCUGCCUGUUCUCUUUCCAGGCUUUGUCACUUCAUAGUGCAGCACAGGGACGGGGUGGGGUGGGGGUUCACUUCUGCUCAGGUGGCCACAAGAUAACAAAGCCAUAGGCUGGAGUGGGAGGCGGGGGAAGAUGUCCCUGCCUUCCUCUACCUGCCAUGCCCCCACCAGCACCUACGCAGGCCCAGCACCCCUGCUGAAAGGCACCCCACAUGGUCUGCACACCCCCUCCCAGCAGGGCCUGUGGAGUGGGACACGGUGGACUGCUCAGGGUCACCCAGAAGUGGACCACAUGGGGCUUGGGGUGCAUGACUAGCCCCUGUCCCCAGCUGGCCGACGCUCGGAGCCUUAAUAAAGUGAUGGUUGACAUCUUC